AUGUCUCCAAAUGCAAAGGGUAAAUUUGUAAUUGAGGAAUUACCAGAAAAUGAUAAUCAAGGGGCUGAAGUUGAAGGUCAAAUUCAUGUAGAAUCUCCAUCGAAAAAUAUGAACUAUGGUAAUGAUGAGCCUAUUGGUGAGUACAUGUCUCUCAUUCUUUUUGGCAGUAAGAAUGAUACUUUCUCACCAGAGUAUACAAGGGGUAGAGUCGGGAAUUCCAAAAGAGGUGAAGGUUCUUGUAGUAAGAGGCUUAAUUUAGAAGAAAUUAUGAGGAUGUUCACAUAUCAAAUGAAAAGAAUGAUGAUCAAUAUGGUUCAACUGAUGUUCAGGAGGCAACAACUUCUGUUCAUAUUGAUGAGAUGGAUGGUGUUAGGGAGGUUGCAAAUGGUGUUGAAGAGGCAUCAAAUGUUGUUGAAGGAUGCUACAAUACCCCAUGUUAAUAAUGAUGAUCAACAAUUGAAUGAGCUAUUUGAUAACCUUAUGAAAAAUUUGAUUGGAAGUGAUGAGGAUGAUGCAGAGUAUGAAGGGGAUGGAGAACCAAAGAAGGAUGAUGAAUCUCAAGAAGUGGAUGACAUAAUGGAUGUGGACAACAAUAUUGAAGAUGUGGAUGUGGACAUGGGAGACUUCACUCUCAAUGUUGAAAGUGAUGUGGAAGGAUCAUGUAUAAAUGGUGUUGAUAGGCAUGAACCUGAAGAUAUGGAAGUUAUCAACAAUGAGGAAUUCAAAUCUUUGGAUGAAGGAUCUGACAAAGACAGAGAAAGAAGAGCUCUUAUCAAUAAUUUGGGAAAAGAAAAAAGGUGCAACCUUGGGGGAGUACAUAAACAAUCAUUUUUAGUUGGAGAUAAAUUUAAAAGUAAAAAAGAAUUAAAGGAGGUAAUUGAUCUGCAUGCAUUAGAAUCAAGAAGGAAUAUUUUCUUAGAAAAAUGGCAAUAUAAGGCUUAG